AUGGCAGUGGAGCUGAUGCGAAGUCUGCACUGGAAUACAACGUUUCCAGCGGUGAGUGUGUGUCAAGUUUUGAAUGACGAAACCAUGGCAGAUUUGCUAGAAAGUAUCAAAUGCAUCGCUCUUUCACAUGAACGCCACACUAUCAUUCGGUCUGAAAAGGACAUUUUAAACUGUUGCAGAGAAAUGGGACUCGACCGCGACUACAGGAUGGACAACGUCAUGAGUGACAUAGCGUUCUACGGGGGCACUUGCUACUCCUGCGAAUAUUGCACAACCGGUCAGCUCCAAUGCCCGGCAAAUUUGUCUCUCAUCACCGAGGUGUACCGCUUACGGUGUACAGCGCUCAUGUCGGAUUGCUCCUGGCAAGGACGGCCAUUCGAUUGCUGCCAGUUUUUCCACCCACUGGAGACCGAGUUUGGAACUUGCUACAGUAUAAACUCACAAAACAGCAAGCCCAAAGCAGCGACAAAACUGAUUAAUAACAGAUACACCGGCCCGGGUGCGCUCCGAUUCAAGGUGAAAGAAGAUUUACAGGUUUAUUUGCACGAUGAACACUCUGUCCCCUAUGCAUACGUUGACCGAGCUCUGAAAGAGACUGUCCUCUGGGGCAUGAACAAGGAGAUUAUUUUCAAAGUAAUCGAGUUGGAAAAUAACGAUAAUGUACACGACAUUUCCAUCAAACGGAGAGACUGCCGAUUUCCGUGGGAGUUUCCCGAAAACUCGUUACAUCUUUACAACAGUUACAGCUUCUCGUCUUGUGCCGUGGAGUGUUUCAUUCAGACGCAAAUUGAACUCUGCAACUGCACCCAUCACUUGAUGCCCAAAUCGAUCAAACCACUUAAAAUCUGUGACUAUAAAGGACUUACUUGUCUGACGGAAAAAUCUGCAGAAUUAGCCAAGCAACGGAAACAAUGUCCGUGCCUCUCUUCCUGUGUGGAGCCGGAGUAUUUCGUUGUCUACAGCUCAGACAGGUAAAUUAUGGCAUACAGUCAGUGUUUGCUCUCUGUCCACAAUGAUGAUGGUAAUCGCAUGCAAAUAAGAAUUUUCCUAAUUGAAGCGAACUGGAAACCGGAGAUGAUUCGGUGACAAUAAGGAUGCUUUAUCUGCCGGAUAUGAGAUUUUUGCGAAACACCGUCAAAACCGAAAUGGAUCUAUUUAUUUCCUUGGGAGGAUUGAUUGGACUGUUUUUCGGGAUUUCUUUAUUAACUAUAAUCUACGCUGUGUCGCUUGUCGUCCGCCGUUUGCUGCAGGCGAAAUCCAAAGUGUGAAGCGACCCAUCGGAUUGUGAAAUUGUCGUCGUGGUAGCUUUGCAGGGAAACUUUGCACAGCAGCUUGUAAUAAUUCUAUACCGCUGCAAUAACAAGUUAUCGUUUCAGUUUUCGUUGUCAAUACCUACGGAGAAAAAUGGAGGAUCCAGCUGCAGAUAUUUCUAUCGGACGAUUUUUAACAAAAGACGAAGAUUUUCAGCUUAUGCAAUUGAUUCGUUGCAAGGAGCAGCAUUGACUACCCGAGUAUCACAUUUCCUUGGCAACUACAAGCAGUUACGGCCUUAUUAAAAGUUGAAACGUUUCGUAAAGUUGUUUCAAUGUCACGAGAAGUGAUACAAUAACAGUUUGUUAGCAGCGCACCACGUGUUUC